UUUGUUUUCAAUAAUUGUUUUAUAUCAGCAGCUAGCAAUCUAGGCAACUCAUGACAAUAUAAACAUGACAUGAACAAUUCUCUUAUACUGAAUGUGUAGUAAUUAUUCAAAUUAUUUUCACAGAGCCAUGAUGUCCACAAGGAGAAGAAGAAUCAAGCCUGUAGAUGAUGCAAUGACAUAUAUUCUGUCUUGCACUGACAAGUCUGGAUUUAUGUCAAGACUCGUCGACAGUUACAAAGGAAGAGGAGUGUUUGCCAUGCAGCCCAUUGAACCAGGGGACUUUGCUUUGGAGUACAGGGGUGAACUCCUCACACAGGAAGAAUGCCAGUCACGACCAUACUCAGAGACUGAAAGCACAUUUCUCUUUGACUUUGAGUGGCAGAACCGUCACUUGUGCCUUGAUGCAUCUAAAGAAGAUGGAUCUCUUGGAAGAUUAGUCAAUGACAACCACAAAAAUCCGAAUUGUGUCAUGAAAAAAAUCAUAGUUAACAACAAGCCACACUUGUGCCUUUUUGCCCUGAAGAAAAUAGAAAUAGGAUCUGAAAUUGAGUACAACUAUGGUGAUGCAAAAUGGCCUUGGCGCAGGAAGGUAACAGACCCUCAGACUCCUGCAGCAGCAGUAGAGACAGAGACCAGCCCUGCACAUCAGAUGCUCCACGGGGAAUCAAAGCCAGAUGAGACUCAACCACAGGUGACAGACCCUCAGACUCCUGCAGCAGCAGCAGUAGAGACAGAGACCAGCCCUGCACAUCAGAUGUUCCACAAGGAAUCAAAGCCAGAUGAGACUCAACCACAGGUUUUUACUGUCCAAGGGUUUUCGCUCGUUGAUUAUUCAGAAAGUGAUGAAACUGAUGAGGACUUUAUGGAGAACCAAAGUCCCACUCCACACCGUGAUGUUCUCAGGAAGAUAACAGAAAACACUCUGUGGGAUAGAGUUCAAGAUUUUGCUGGGUGUCUCUACGAUUCAGAUGACGACAGCACAGAGGGCACUUCCAUUUCUAAGCCUGAAAGGGAUUCACCGAGGCUGAGAAGAAGCUCUUGCCACCCUAUUCUGAUGAAUCUCGUGGAAUCAGAUGACUCAACCAUUGAUAGUGAAGACGAGUACAUUCCCAAUCCCAAGGACGAAAGCACAGAAAGUGAUAGCAGUUUGGAACUAACCCUGGAAGAUAAAAGAAAGAACAAAGGUGCAUCUAAAGAGAGCAGAAGCAAGUCAUCUAGUCAGAGCAAGUUUAAGACCAGGGAGAGGGAAAGUAAGUCCUCCAAGCAGAGAAGAAGCAAGUCUUCCAGUCAGAACACAAGUGAGUCCUCCAGUCAGAGCCAGCUUGAUGUUAGCCAGAAGAGACCCUUUGAAACAAGUCAGGACCCCACCCAAAAAUGUCCAAAUAGCAGAGUUGAUGGGAAUGAAAAGCAAAUAGUGGCAACAUAUUCUAAAACGGAUGUGAGUGUUUCAAUUCCCCUGGAAGAAGAGCAGUCUGUGAUUGUCAGUCCAGUUUUAAAGAAGGCGGAUGGAUCUAGAAGCUACGACAAGAAACAUUUCUGCUUUUAUUGCAGAAAGUUUGUCCAGAAAAUGUCAAGACACUUGUGGCGUAAACACCAAGAUGAAACAGAUGUUGCAAAAGCAUUCAGUUUGCCAAAGAACUCAAAAGAAAGGAAACUGCAGUUAGACUAUAUACGGAAUAAGGGGAACUUUGAGCACAACAGUGAUGUUUUAGAGACACAAAAAGGUAAACUCAUCCCAUGGAAGCAACCACGGGAAAAAUCUGAAGGACAGAAAUUUGCACAUUGUGUUUACUGCUAUGGUCUGUUCUCAAGAAGAGCGAUGUGGCGGCAUUUUCAGGUAUGCAGGUUCAAACCUGAGAGUACUAAACCAGGUAAAACUAGAGUUCAAGCUUUGUGUGCUUUCGCUGAACCUGCUCCACCUGGAUUUAACGAUGCUUAUUGGAAGUUCUUAAGUGUUAUGAAUCAAGACAAGAUUACAGUUGCUAUUAAAGAAGACCGCUGCAUUCUCGAGUAUGGUUACAGACUGUUCAAGAAGAACGAGAAGACGGUCAGUCAACAUCAGUAUAUUCGGCAAAAACUGAGAGAGCUUGGUAGGCUGUUAUUGGAAGCAAGAAAAGUUACACAUGUGAAGACCAUCCAAGAACUCAUAAAACCUGAACAGUACAAUCGGGUUGUCACUGCUGCAAAGAGCCUAUCUGGAUUCAGUGAGCUAACUGGCAAAUACCAAUGUCCAUCUCUUGCUCGUAAGGUUGGACACAGCUUGCAUUCUUUGGCCAUGUUUUUCAAGUCCGAAGGCCUGAAAAAGAAAGAUAAACAAACUACUCAAGAUGCUGAGGAAUUUGCGCAGCUUUAUCAUGAAAGUUGGAGAUUUGACAUUGCAAGCCAAGCAUUAACUCAACUUGACCAGACCAAAUGGAAUGCUCCUCAACUGUUACCUUUCACACAAGAUAUCCAAAAGCUUCAUUGUCAUCUAGCUGAGAAACAGAAGCAACAUUUGAAUGAUCUGCAAGAACACCCAUCACCAUCAAACUGGAAGGAGCUUGCAAAGGUGACCCUGACACAAGUUGUACUGUUUAACCGCCGGAGAGCAGGGGAAGUGUCCAGGAUGCUCCUGUCCGGGUACCUAUCAAAGGAUACAUCAGAGACACAUGAUGACGUUAGCUUGGCCCUUACACCGCUUGAACAGAAGCUGUGCAAACAUUUUGUCAGGAUUACAAUCGUAGGAAAGAGAGGAAGAAAAGUUCCAGUUCUUUUAACCCCACUCAUGAGAGAGUCACUUGAUGCUCUAACCGAGAAGAGAGAAGAAUGCGGGGUUCUGCGUGAGAAUGGAUAUCUGUUUGCAUUACCACGCUCUGUCCAUUACAUAAGGGCUUCUGACUGCAUGAGGCAGUUUGUGAAAGAAUGUGAUCACAUCAAAAAUCCUGAAGCAUUAACGUCAACAAAACUGAGGAAACAUGUCGCCACCCUCUCGACUGUAUUGAACCUGAAGACCACAGAACUGGAUCAGUUGGCAGACUUCCUCGGGCAUAAUAUUGCUGUUCACCGAAAGCACUACCGCCUUCCAGAGGGCACCCUCCAGUUGGCCAAAAUCAGCAAAGUGCUCCUGGCAAUGGAACAGGGACGCAUGGGAGAAUACAAAGGAAAGAGCCUGGAUGAAAUUCAAGUUGACGUGAAUGAGACCAUUGGCAUGGAGGAGCCUUCAGAAGAGGACAUUGAAGAUGUCAGUCUACCAGGAGAACAGAGGUCAGAAGAUGAGGAGAGCAUGUCAUCCCUGCAAGAAUGUACCUCCACAUCACGUGUCCAAAGCCAGGCAGCGUCUUCAACAGAUGUCAGUAUGCCAGAACAACAGUGGUCAGAAGAUGAGGUCAGCAUGUCAUCCCUGCAAGAAUGUACCUCCACAUCACAAGUCCAAAAAAAGAGUGUGUCUGCAAGAAAGAGAGGUAAGCAAGCUGCUGUACAGCGUUGGACAACAGAGGAGAUUGCUGCAGUAGAAAAACAUCUGAAGAAGUUCAUUGUGAGGCAAGAUGUUCCAGGUAAAGCGACUUGUGAGCGCUGCAUUUCUGCAGAACCGCAAGCGCUGCAAAAAAGAGACUGGAAAGCAGUCAAGUAUUUCAUCAAAAAUAGAAUAACUGCCAUGAGAAGAAAAUUGUAAUGAAAGCAGUUCACUGAUCGGGAGUAUGGAGACAUGUUUUCAGUUUGCCCUCCAACACUUUUUUGUUCAAGGUUUGUUUUGUUGUAUUGUUGUAUAGAAGUUCUUAAUUGUUAUGAAUCAAGACAAGAUUACAGUUGCUAUUAAAGAAGACCGCUGCAUUCUCGAGUAUGGUUACAGACUGUUCAAGAAGAACGAGAAGACGGUCAGUCAACAUCAGUAUAUUUGGCAAAAACUGAGAGAGCUUGGUAGGCUGUUAUUGGAAGCAAGAAAAGUUACACGUGAAGACUAUCCAAGAACUCAUAAAACCUGAACAGUACAAUCGGGUUGUCACUCUUGCAAAGAGCCUAUGUGGAUUCAGUGAGCUAACUGGCAAAUACCAAUGUCCAUCUCUUGCUCGUAAGGUUGGACACAGCUUGCAUUCUUUGCAUUAAUAUUUUUAUAAUGACGUUAUAGAGAUACGAGUUAAACAAAGUGUUACCUAAAGGGUUACCACUUUUUUUGUUUUGUGUAAAGUGCAGUCUGAUCAUUGACCUGUUGGCAAAAUAAAUACAUGCUCCUCAGGA